AUGGAAGAGGGUUGCAGCACCUUGGUCCGAAGACUUGAGCAGAAGUAUUUGGAUGAUGACGACGCCACUGUCAAAGACAUCCUGUUCACCGGAUUUGUGAGUUCAUAGCGUCUCAUUGUUUUAUGAUUCAUUCUGUAACAGUGUACCAUCUUUUGUUCUACAGACCGGAUGUUCCCCAUGCAAAAUGGCCAGCCAGAGAGCCUUGGAACUGCUGGUUCUGAACAACAUGAACAUUGGCACGAUUGGGGAUUCCGAGAAGUUGGCCACAUUGGCAUCCCAUGUCUCGGAGGUUCGUACUCUUACUCUGAAAACUUGUUCUUCUUUCCCGUAUGUCCAUUCCAUUAGAAUCCUGUCACUAGAUUGGUGAAAAAACACUAUGUUUUCGUUUUGUUUUCUCUUUUUGUUUUCUCUUUGCCAGCUGAGAGAAGGGAAAGAGGACCGGGAAGAAAGAAGCACACGUCACAUGUGUUUUGUCAUUUCGUGGAUCGAAAAAAAGACAAAUGAUGGCGGGUGUUGUGAUAGGAAAUCAGUGAUCAUCAAACAGCUGUGUGCAUAAAUAAGAGAUACAUUUUCAGGCGGAUCUCGGAUGGAACCAAAUUUCCCAAUGGUCCGAUGUUGCGUGCAUUUUUCACAAUCUUCCGCAUCUCCGUGUUUUGAACAUCGGCCAUAACCCGCUGAAUCCUGUGGUUUGUUUUUCGUCUUUUUUGUUCCCGAGAAGACGUGUCAAGUGACUUGGGAAUGGAAUCGGAGGUUAGAGAACAAACCAAUGUUUCAUGUGACUUUGGCAAACUUGUGAUAGCGGAGAAUGGCAGCGGUGUUUGCACUUGGAAAGUGAUAUUAUAUUGUGAAGAUAUCAAGAGUCAAUUCAGCUCUUUGGCUGACGUCUUUGAGAAGAUAAAUAGAGUCAGCUUCUCCUAAAAACUGAACAGAACGUGACUUUCAGUCAUUACACACAACCGGAAACACUUAGUACCAAUAGUUUUUUUCCAGAUCGACCAUGAACUUCCCGUCUCCACAUUGCACACCAUUAUUCUUAACGGCACCCAUCUUCCAUUCAAAACACUCAAAUCGUUCCUCUCUGUCCUGCCAAAAGUCACCGAACUUCACAUGUCGGACAACCAGUUUAACGACGAGGAUGACGGUGACGAACCGAUUAGCACUUCCGUGCGCACCAUUCAUCUCAAUAGGUAUCAACGACUUUUCAAUUUUUCAGUUUUCAUUUUCAUGUGGUGUGGUGUGGUGCGCGAGGCAGUUCUUUGUGUGUCGAUGUUGAAUGUGAGCGCGCGCAAUGCAAAUUCUGUGCGCCAACGUUGUUUGUGUUCCAUUUUUUGCACCGGCGAGAAAGAAGAAGACCGGAAUCAAACAUGUCAUCCCUAGUACUCUGAGGGUGUCAUGCGAUAGCUUGGCAAUGUAACAAGUCAACCACUUUCUGAAUUCCUUCGUAUUUUGGGAGAAUUGCUCUUUCGUUCUGCUUCACUAGUCUCAAUUUUCACUUUUCCAUGCUCGUAUCGAAUCACACGUUGGCUUGCUCGUGGUGUCAGUUAUAAUAAUAAUAAUAACAAGCGAGCCGAAAAGUCGUGUUGCGACUUUUGGAAGGCUACGCACACCGGAACUAGUCGAAAUCCUGAGCGUGAACGAUGUGAAACGGAAAUGAAAUUAUGUAUGCGGGUGCAGUAAACGUGGACAUGAAAGUAUGGUCAUUCAAAUGAGGUAGUUACGAGUCGAAUUUGAAUGCGUCCAUCAGUCACUCAGUCACGAGAAGUCCUCCGUCGUUUACCCCUGAACGUCCAAAUUCGACCGGUCGACUACACAGCGAUUGGGACAAAGGAAUGAAAACAACCGAUAUUUUUCCAGAUGCGGGUUCCUGAAAUGGUCGUCCGUCAUGAAUGUUGUCAAGCGCUUUCCAAAUGUGUGCUCAGUUUUUGUUUGCGAAAAUCCUUUGGAAGAUGUCACCUACUGCAAAUAUUUCGAUCAGCUACCAUACUGGAAUUUUCUCAAUAUGGCAAAGGUGCUCCACUAUUGGGUUGCCGGCCUUAGAUAUCUGGCCAAUUUCAGACUGAAAUUAACUCAUGGGACAGUCUGGACAAUCUGAGCAAAAUGAAAACGAUCACGGACCUCCGUAUUCCUAACGUCCCGUUACUAGAUCGUUUGACCGACGAAGAGCGUUUGCACCUUAUCAUCGGCCGCAUUCAUCAGUUGCGUGUUCUCAAUGGCUCAAAGAUAUCAAACGAGCAGAGAGAGCAGUCAGAACGGUUUUUCAUUCGUUAUUAUCAGGUUUGUACAGAGACGCUAUCAGCUGACCGUGUUGUUGACAUUUGAAGGAGCGAAAGGAGAAACCAGCACAGUACAAGACUCUGAUUGCCAAGCACGGGAAACUCGAGAAACUCGUGAACAUUGAUCUGACUCCCAAAAAAGAAGCCGUUGUGAAAGUGGUGUGUGAAGAGAAGGAAGUCAACCAGGAGAUGACAAUCUUGCUGGAACCCACUAUUUUGGAAUUCAUGAAGUGAGACUUUGUUUUGUUCUUCCGCUAUACGUUUCUUUUCCUGUCGAGUCAUGCAUACACAAAAAUAGUAAUAAAAACUGAGAAAGCGCAUCUCUCGUCGCCCGCAAGAAGUCCCCCAUGAUUUAAUUAGGUUGAGUGUCGAGUAACGUGAGAAACGAGCCUUGACGCUGAAUAUCUCUUCUUUAUUACAGAUACUUGGAGCCGAAAGUCGGCGUGAAGUACACUCGCAUGAAACUCUUUUUGUUCCGCGGGGAUGGACGGAGUGAGGACUUUUCGGCCAGCGCUUACAACCUGCCCCUGCACUAUUUCAAACUGGAAGAUGGCGAUGUUUUUAUGGUUCAGGUAGGAUUAUCCUCGUUUCUCGUAAUUGACACCAUAUUCCAAACACUGGCGCGGAAAUUCAGUGAGGGAGGAGAUGAUCUCGGAAGUCAUAGUAAUAAGAGACGCACUUGUUUGACGUGCAAACAAGGGCACAAGGGGUCUGUUGUCUUGUCUUCGCAAAGGGUUAUUAUGCAGAACGUAUGCUUGCCAAUUAGGUAGCUGUUGCCAGUCGGGCACCUGUCUUUUUUCCGGUCAAGCUUUUGCAUCCGCCGAUGUGGCGGGUCACAAUAAAAGCAUCAGGAAGUCAUGAGGGAACAUAAAAACCCGUUCUCGUCAUAUCAUUUUGGAUCAUAAUAGAAUUUUAUUUUUGGGGAGAAAUGCGCGAAAUUUUAAAGAAAACCCGCUUCUUGCGCAAGACGUUAAUAUCUGGUGGUCAAAUGAUGGUCAUCUUUCCCUUUUUGGAGUGUCAAUUCAUAAAUGAAGAAGGAUAAACACAAUGUAUUAAUAGAAAGGGAGAAAGAGGAAGAGGAAGAAGAGCACAAUGCAUUUGCGAGCAGAAUUACGUGCAUUUCAGAAUCAUCGAUUAAUGUUUUCAGGAGAAAAUUGUGAUCACGAAAAGAAGACGACCUGCAAGCUCAACGUCAUCCAAUUCAUCAUAG